AUGAAGAGUGUGGUCAGGAUUCUGACAGGGCAUUUCCUGUUUAUCUUGCAGCCCACUAGGACCUCCUCUGAAAGCAUUUAUUCUAGACCAGGCUCCAGCAUCCCUGGCUCACCGGGCCAUACCAUCUAUGCAAAAGUAGACAAUGAAAUACUGGACUACAAAGAUUUAGCAGCCAUUCCCAAGGUCAAGGCAAUCUAUGAUAUCGAGCGUCCAGACCUCAUUACCUACGAACCGUUCUACACUUCGGGCUACGAGGACAAGCAGGAGAGACAGAGCCUUGGAGAGUCUCCAAGGACUUUGUCUCCUACUCCAUCAGCAGAAGGAUACCAGGAUGGUCGGGAUCGGAUGAUCCACCGGUCCACCAGCCAGGGCUCCAUCAACUCCCCCGUGUACAGUCGUCAUAGUUACACUCCAACCACGUCACGCUCACCGCAGCAUUUCCACAGACCUGAGCUUUUGUCUCCUGGUGUGCACAGGUGGUCCCACCUGCGCCCCAGCAGCUUCAGCUCCACCCACAGUGACUCCCGUCCCAACCCCCCCUUCAGACACCACUUCCUCCCCCAUGUCAAAGGCAAUGAGCCGUCCAGCGGCCGGAGCUCCCCUCUCCCUUACAGGCCCGACGGUCGCCCUCUAACUCCAACUUACGCUCAGGCCCCUAAACAUUUCCAUGUUCCAGAUCAAGGGAUCAACAUUUACCGAAAGCCUCCCAUCUACAAACAGCAUGCUGCCUUGGCAGCCCAGAGCAAGGCUUCAGAAGAUAUCAUCAAGUUUUCCAAGUUCCCAGCAGCCCAGGCACCAGAUCCCAACGAGAUCCCAAAGAUUGAGACGGACCACUGGCCCGGUCCCCCCUCGCUGGCCGCCAUAGGAACUGAUAUGCGGCGCAGAUCUAGCGGUAGAGAGGAAGACGAGGAGGAACUCCUGAGACGCCGGCAGCUUCAAGAGGAGCAGUUGAUGAAGCUCAACUCAGGCCUGGGGCAGUUGAUACUGAAGGAAGAGAUGGAGAAGGAGAACAGGGAAAGAGCGGCCCUGCUGGCCAGUCGCUAUGACUCUCCCCUGCACUCAGCUGCACAUGCUCCAUCAUCAAAAACUUCGUCUCUCCCUGGUUAUGGCAAGAAUGGCCUUCACCGGCCGGUUUCCACAGACUUUGCUCAGUACAACAGCUACGGAGAUGUCAGUGGCGGAGUUCGAGACUACCAGACCCUCCCAGAUGGCCACAUGCCAGCCAUGCGGAUGGAUCGAGGAGUGUCCAUGCCCAACAUGUUGGAACCAAAGAUAUUUCCAUAUGAAAUGCUCAUGGUGACCAACAGGGGGCGCAACAAAAUCCUAAGAGAUGUGGAUAGAACCCGCCUGGAGCGCCACUUAGCCCCAGAAGUAUUUUGGGAAAUCUUUGGGAUGUCCAUACAGGAAUUUGACAAGUUACCUCUUUGGAGACGCAACGACAUGAAGAAGAAAGCUAAGCUCUUCUAAGUCCCCCGGGUAAAUGACAAUCAGGAAAAGGACUCUCAGUGGUGGUGGUGCCUAGAACGUUGUAUUAAGGCCCAGAAUCAUCGAUCCGAGAAUUUAUUCGCUACCCAGCAGCAACACUGAGGAAAAGUCUGAUCUCAGCACCCAUGGGUCACAUCCCCGGCCAAGCAACAGUAACACUUGGAACAGCCAUGGGUUCGAAACUUCUCUGUUCCCAAACUCAGCAAUGAUGUCCACACGUGACCUUUUCACGUGACUACGUCCACAACAGGGGCUUCUUUCUCCUUUUUAUUCCCCUUUAAUUGAUGUGUAACUUAGCGCUGCCUGUACCUGUGAGAGUCAGCAAGUGCCCUUAGGAAGCCACACGGGAAGGAAUGGCUGGGAGCCCUGAAGUAUGAGUCUAUUUAUUAUGUAGCACUGUGGCUGAGGAGGAGUCCAGAGCCCAGCGUCGAUGUGGUAGCAACAACCUGGCCUUUCCUUGGCAGCCUCCCUCUGCUCUUCCUGGGCUCCGGGGGAAAUGGAACUCCCUCCGGGACCUGGGCAGUUCUGAGUUCAUGGCUGAGUACCAGCAAAAAUGAUUUGAAUAUGCUUCUUUUCUCUUCUUGUGUGCUGGAAUCCAGUUGGCCAACUGCUAGGGGAAAAAAAUGAGAAAGGAAAAGGAAAUUAAGGAAGCCCCCCCCCCCCAUUGAACGCUUUUUCUGCCUGACGAUAUGCUCAGUCCUCUCUCCCUAUGAACUGAGCUGGUGUAUUCACCUGUGCAAAGAAAGAAAGUAAGGCAAAACGAGUUUCCAGAUUGGUUCAGCUGCUGCUGGGUGGUUGUUGCCCAUGCGUCAUGUCUCUCUUAGAGAAGGAAAAUCUGUGCCCUGCCUCCGUCCCAAGUUCUCCCCCGCAGUGUCCCCUCCUGUCUGGCUGGCAUCUGAGGGGUCAGGUCAAGCCCAUACUGGUAUUGUGUGUCAAGGGCAUAGACCAAGGGAAGACAAGCUCUUCUCCUUCAGAUCUCUGCAGCUCUGAAGUCAACAGCUUCAGAGUUCAUGCAGUCUAGUUUGCCCUGACACACUGACAUGCUUGCAUGUGUUCACACCUGUGUUACUCACCCAGGGAUGUUCUGUGAGUCUGUCUGUGCUUUGUAACCUCUGCUUGAAUGUACCACGUUCAGUGUACCACACUGUGCUGCGGCUUUGAUGGGCCUUUGCAUGAGAGCAUGUGACCCAGAUGAAGAAUGAGGCUUGGGAGGAACCAGCAUAUGUGGUGAGCUGUGGAGACUCACGCUGGGUUCAGACUGCAGACCACAGAAGUGAGGCCAGGGUGGUUUAGGGCUCAGAGCGUCUGUCUCACUGGAGGACCUGCAUACUCUACAACUCUCAGUGAAAACUGGAGCCUAGUUCUUUCAUUGCAAUGAGUGAACAAGGCCACAUGAUAAGAACUGGUUUGAGCUGGAUUGUGAAGAAUCUCUCCAGGUCCACAGAGUCUAUCUAAUGGUCAUAUUGAUUCUUCUGCUCUGGGGCUCUUUUUGGGAGUUUAAGCUCUGAGAGAAAGUCAAGGGGAAGCAUUUGAAUUCCCUCUCAGAUCACAACUCAGCACAAAAUCCAGAAACUCCUUCCAGGAUUAGAGUGACUGGCUGUCUGCUGACACCAGCAGUGAGGAGCAAGCAGCAUAGAUCCGGAGCCCAUGCUGCAGUCCCGUGACUUGUGACCCGCUUCUUUGGGUUAUCCUGCCUUACUCCUGCAAGGGGGUUAAGUAUGAGAGCUCCGCUCACAAGCCCGCGUUAGCACAGUUAUCAAGAGCGCCACACCGCAUGGCCGGAGUAGAUGGGUCCAGCUCCCCUUGGCUGGGAGGCAGACUGCGGAUGGUGGGUUCCCUGUGUAGGUCUCUCACUCUUUGCAUGUUUUCAUUGUUUUGCUCCCGCUGCCCUGCCCAGCACUGACUGCCUUGGCACGAGGCUGGUGUCUCCUGGUUCUCAUGUUGCCCUGGCAAUGGGCAGGAUGGAGAGUGGGUGCUACAGUGUUCCCCUGCCGCAGUGAGCAAGGGUGGCCUGGCGGGAGACUUUGUUUAUCCAGUACGGAGGUUACAAAUGGCCCACCAUGCUUUGUACCAGUUACUAUGUCACUGUUCACAGCCAUGCAGGUAAGAAAAACCAAAGCAUUAGGGAGACAGGGACAUGAGCAGGGGCAAUUGCUAAUGUUCGGCACCUGCUCUCCAUAGUUCAUGUGGCUGUCUUGACAUAUGAAAAUUCAGCUGAGGGAGGAGGAGGGCAGGGACACUCCUCUUUAUACGGAGAACUUUGAGUGAGUUAGAGGACCUGCUAGGAUUGCGCUGAUAACUGAAAAAUUAAACUCUUAAAUUCCUGCAAUAACAAAAUCCUGCCUUUUUGACCAUUUGAACUCAGUCCCCCAUCUAACUUGGGGGGGAAAUUGGUAUUCCAUAUCAGCAUACUAGUUAAUUUAAAUUGUAUCAUGUAAAAAUGUAUUUCUAGAAGACACCGAUAGGAACCCCAACUGCCCCGGAAAGGAGUGAAGGAAAGGUCACACCAGGGUCUCAGUCCAUUCCCUUGCAGGUUCCAGCCAGAAAGAUACACGGAGGAUGAUCCGGUUUUAACCGCCAGACCCAUGGUUGGGGCUGUGGUGCCAUAUCUGUGCUAUCCACAUGACUGGCCUUGGCAUGCCCAGACCACAACACGGGAGAUGGGUGGUCUUCAUUUUACCCCACCCUGCUGAACACAGGAAAAUUCCAGUUCCUAGAAAUCAAAGCGGCUUGUUCACUUGGGGGAGAAUCUAUGUAUGGCAGACGUGGUGCGUAUAUUAAGGGCUGUAUUUUUUUAGCAUCUGACCUACUUGUACCUGACAUGUGUACAGAUUGCAUGGUGCAGAAGUGGCUUCCUUGGCCACGUGGUAGUCUCGAUGCUUCCCCCAAAACUUCUGCAGAAGAGGCCAGACCCUCGAGUCGUCUUCCUGUGCAGCUUACUAGAGAGACAAAAAGCCUUGAAAACAGCUAGCUCUGCAUUUUCAUACCCGUGUGGAGUUUGUGAUGAAAUAUUUUUAAUAUGACUCCUUCAACAACUAAACAUGAACUGCCUGUUCUCUGAAACCCCAAAGAGAAAAACUGCAGUUAGUGGGUUCUAAGGUGCAAAAAAAGGGGGGGGAUAGUUUUCUAUCUGUCCUGUCCUCUGCUCUCCCCAAGUCCCAACUCUGUUGCCUCCAGCCUGAGCCUUCUCUCCUGAGGCACAGCCCCACCUCUGUGGCUUCCAUCUCUGUCUACGGUCACUCGUCUCCAGCGCAGAGAGGAUCAGCUGGUGGUAUUUCUAAAGCAGGACUUCUUUGCUUUGAACCAAACAUCAUUUUCUAAAGAUAGCUUCACCAAUGAUGCCAUCAAAAAUAUCUGCUUUUGCAAGUUUAAAAGAAUUCAAAUUAGCCUCUUUUGAGUCUUCGUUAAGAAAGAAAGAAAUCUCAAGCAAACCUAGAGCGGCAUCCCAGGGCAUGCUGUAGGACAUUGGCAUGGCGCCAGGCCGUGUGCUUCAAGAACCCUGCUCAGAAGAGAUUUCUCCUAACUGCUUAAUCUGUACUUUUUGUGCCCUCCUCAAUUUCGAGUUAUGUUUUUUUCUUCUUUAGACAAACCAAGGCUUUGUAUGCUUCAAAUUCACUCUUUCAUGCCCCCACUGAAGAACUUCCUAUCCAGAAAAAGAUAGUCAGAGCUUUGGAUUUGUGGUGACGUGUCUUCCAGGGGCCACGUACAGGGAAGGAACACCGCCUCUACUGGAACAGAAUGAGCAAGGCUUCAGCAUCUACAAGACCACGGUUUCCAUUUUCUCCCCUUGGAGCCGAGGGAGAGGGAGACAGACAGAUAUUGGAUUGCUUUCACUUGUGUGUGUGUGUUCAGUGUUGUGGCAAACUCACAAAGGACAGUGGCUGCUCAUGCUGAAGCUCUCUAAACAGUGGAAGUGUGCACAACAAAGUUCAGCAAAGCCAACUUUUUUGUCCCAGAAGCUUAAUGCAAUUGAGUGACAGUUGUCUUAAUAAAAUGCUUUUCUGUGUCUCUUCUGAGUGACAGUCCCAUGAAUCACUUCCCCUGGAUGAAAGAAAGAGACAAGCCUGUAUGCAUGGAUGUUCAGAAAGGUUAUGAUUAUGUAUGAAAAUAUUUUCCCUAUGGAAGAGGAGACAGUUGUCCACAGAAUUGAUGUUUGGGGGAAUUCUCUGUACAGAUGUGUCUGGUGGUAAAUGUAGGGGUUUCCAUGAGAUGCCAAAGACCCUGCAUCGAAUCUCUUGUAACUUGGUUAAUGGGAUUUGCUUUGAUGAAAGAAAGCCUGCUCACUCUUCCUUCCUUCCCUCCUCUUGUUGGUGAUAUGAACGCAGGUGUUCACAAAAUGUUCUUGAGAAGCUGUGCCGUGUUUCCUGUGGAGAUGGUGUGUGUCAGUGCCUGAGCACCUGGUGCCGGGUGUAGAGGGGAGCUUGGCCUGCAGGCCCCCGUCACUGAGCUGUCCUUUCCCAGCCUGCUCUGCGCCCAUUGCAGGCAGUGCACACCACCCUCCUUCAUCACUGUACUCAACUCCAUGAAUAAACUGUGUGCUUCCUCCCUGA